AUGGCCCAUUCUGCCAGCCUGAACAGCGUCGCCACCGAGCUUAUCUACAAGAUCGUGGGUCCCACCGCCUCGGACAACCCGCGCAGAUUCAGACGAACCAGAGAUGCCGUCCUGAGGGGCCUCCGCGCCCAGCAGUGGGCGCGCGUUAAUCAGUUUGACGUGCAGACUAGCUACGAGGGUCUUAUCGAGAAAUUUAUUGUCCUGGACCGCGAGGACCUGGCCGAGGCCCUGGAAAACCGCCUCAGGGAGUUGCUCCGGCUCCAGACCAAAUGGACCCCGGAUAUCCUUGCCCUGUUCCUGGCCCUGUCGGACCGCCCUGUGGAAAACUCCAGCCUGGAUGAUCUCGAAAAGAUCAAACCACCGCCGCCUGCGCCUGAGCUCACAUGGGCUGAUAUCGUUGCCGAAGAUCCGCUGGACGAGGAGGGCAUUUGGGACGAUAUUGACUAUGCCGCCGAAUCCUCCGAAGAUGAGCCUGCGCCAAGGCAGAGAAAGCGUGCCGUGACUAGGGCUACCACUCCAGAUUCAUCCGUUGUCGACGAAGACGACUUUACCGCUGCUGCUGAAGCAUGCAUUGUUACCCCUGACCCGUCUGCCCUGCAAGCGAUUCAGGAGGCUCAAUUCUGGAGACAAGCGCACAAACGCGACUCCAUGAUGACUAAGCAGGAAACCCACAUCACCGAACUCCAAGCCGUGCGCGAGAUUUUGUUCAUGUUGCGCGGACUGCCCACUUCUCUUUUUGCUCUAAACAAAGAUCUGAGGAGGAUGGAGCUCUCAAAAACUUAUGUCUUAAGUCAUACAAUGGCACCUACCUGGCACCAUCAACUAAAUGAGUUCACGAGUAUUGGUACCACACUUCUGCAGCUUCGUUUUUGGCUGAAGUUCGAGCAAACUAUCGCCCUUCUGCAGACGUUUCGGGCCGCUAUAGUGGAAGAGCUUCGGUCCUUUGACACAUUCAUCGCACAAAUGCAGGAUUGUUGCCUCGGGUUGAAUCAGCCGGUCACAGUCAGUCUCAUCGAUGUGAUGACUAGGAUUCGGCUACGAGCAAGCCCCCUUCUGCGCAUCAGGAAGCUCAUUUCAGAAGCUUCACAAAAUUCCCAACGGAGCCCUUUCCUUCUGCUAGAAGGCCUUUACGAUGAAAUCAACAUGGUGCAGAUGGCUGGAGAUGCCGAGCUGUUUUCUGUCCUUACUCGCAUCUUCUUCCAGUGCUUGCAGACUUAUCUAAAGCCCAUCAGACGUUGGAUGGAAGAGGGCGAGCUUGCCAUAAACGACCAGAUCUUUUUCGUCGGUACCGUGGAUAAAAGUAGUGAGGCCGCUUCACUGUGGCACGACCAGUUCAUUCUCAGGCGGGACGCCUCGGGCAAAUUACACGCCCCCAGCUUCUUACAGCCGGCGGCAAAGAGAAUUUUCAACUCUGGCAAGAGUGUGGUUUUCUUGAAAGAGCUCGGCCAUCACCUUUCCAAUUCGUCCGAAGUAACAGAACCGCGGUUAGAUUUUGAUACCGUGUGUGCUGCGAGUAUUCUCGACUCUUCACCGAUUCCCCUAGCCCCCUUCUCGGAACUGUUCGGACUCGCCUUCGAGGACUGGAUUCGCAGCAAGUAUACCUUUGCAUCUACUAUCUUACGGGAAAGACUCUUCUCCGGUUACGGUCUUUGGGAAUCAUUAGAUGCAUUAGACUUUGUUUACCUAUCGAAAGACGGCUCACUGAUGCAGGCGUUCGCUGAUACCGUCUUCGAAAAGCUGGAUCGCGGACGCCGCGGCUGGAACGACCGCUACGUCAUGAGCGAAAUCGCACGAAGCAUCUACGGAACAGUACCGAGCGUCCAGGCUGACAAGCUGGCGAUCCGCACCGUCGCCCUCAAAGAGAAGGGCAUCAGUCCACGCAGCGUCAAAGCCCUCGCCGCCAUCGCGGUCGACUACUUCCUCCCCUGGCACAUCGUCAACGUCAUCCAGCGCGGCUCCACCAGCACCUACCAACGCGUCUUCGUGUUCCUCCUGCAGGUCUACCGCGCCCGCUACGUCCUGCGCACCUCUAGCCUCUGGCGCAGCACCGCCGCUCUCCACCACCGCCAAGCAAACUCGCGAUCCACUUCUUCUUCUACUCGGACCAAGCACCUACAAUACUACCUCCGCCACCGCCUCCUCUGGCUCACCGACAUCCUCCACUCCUACCUCACCGAAACCGUCAUCUCCGCCUCGACCGCCGACCUUCGCACCGCCCUGGCCGUCGCCGCCGACAUCGACGUCAUGGCCGCCGUGCACGCCGACCACGUCCGCGCCCUUGAGGAGCGCUGUCUCCUGUCUCAGCGCCUGGCCCCCAUCCACGGCGCCCUCGUCGAGCUGCUCGACCUGUGCGUGCAGUUCGCCGACUUGACGAUGAGCGAGGAAGAAGGAAAAACGGGAGAGGCGGCUGAUUUUGGACGAUCGAUGGUGGGAUCGGCGGCAGCGGAUGCGGGCAGCAGGCGGAAGAGCGCGGGGAGGAAGAGGCCGGAGAAUAAGGGGAGGAGGGUGAGCGGGUUGCAGGUCGCGCUGGCAGAGGUGUCGGACGAAUCGUCGUCUGAAGACGAGACGGAGGAGGGCGCCGCCGCGUUGGGUGAAGGGGAUGGCGUGAGGAAAAGGGAGAAGAGGUCUUCGGGGAGGGAGAGAGGUUCGAUGCAGGAAAAGUUGGGUCGGAUGAAGGAGGCUUUCGAGAACCAUUUUGGCUUCGUCACUGCGGGGUUGAGGGGCGUGGGCCGGGCUGGCGGAGAAAGAUGUUGGGAGAUACUGGCGGAGAGGUUAGAAUGGGAAGCCGCCCAAGGGAGGGGUGGCGGCAGCGGUAGGUGA